AUGAUUGAUAAUGAAUUAUUUUUGAAAAAUUCCCCUUUUAAUCAAAGUCAUACUGAUUCAUCAAAUAAUUAUAAUUUAACAAAUACAACUUCAGAUCUUAUAAAAUUUCAAUUACAAGAACAAUAUAGGAAUUCCAUCAAUAAAAAUAAUGAAAGUAAUUUAGAUAUUAAUGAACCAAAAUAUGAACAUACUAAAGAUUUAUUUCAAGAUUCUUUCCACAAUCAUUUACAAAGAAAAUUAGAUUCAAAUCAAAUUUUAUUGAAUGUACCAAGUCUAUCAUCAACUCCAACUUCAACUGAAGAUGAAGACGAAGAAGAAAAUGAAGAUGAAUAUAGUUUGGAUUCAUUUUUAUCCCAAACGAACCCCAAUAAUUACCUUAAUUUAAAAAUUCUUAUAGAAAACUCAAUAUUUGAAUCAACAAAUAUUAACAAAAAUUCCAUUUUAUCAAUCACUGAUAUCCAAUUUUUAAAACAUGAUAUAGAAGAAAAAGAAGAGAUUAUAAAUUAUUUAAAAUCUAAAAUAUCAUUAUCUCAACAAUUCAUAAAUGAAGUUGUAACGAAUAAUACAGAAGCAUCAACGUUAAAUAGAAUAAUUAAAACUAUGACUUCAUUACAAAAUCAACUUAUCAUUAAUACUCAAGAUUUGGAAAGCUCACGACAGAAAUUAAACAAUCAUAAUUUAUCAUGUUUAUUAUUAGGAUAUAUUGAAGAUAUUAAAAGAAGUCAAGAGGAAGACCAAUUUUCAAAGCCUUCAAGCUCUCAUACAAAUUCUCCCGGUAAAAUCUCAUCAUCAACGUUAUCAUCACCUAAAAAAUUACAUAAUUCUCAAAAAUUAAUUGAUUCAGUAUUUGCACAUAUAGCUAGUAUAGCAGCUCAAAGAGGAAUACUGCUUCCUUCUCCUUCAUCUGCAUUAUCUAAUGAAGACGAUGAAGAAAAUGAUUCAAGAUCAAUAUGGCUUCAACAAUGUAUUGACACUAUUUUAUUAAAUUCUCCAUCACCUUCUCCGGAUUCCAAUACUUAUAAUGAUACCUCAAUUUCCAAAUCAACCACUGAAGAUAAACCAAAAGAUUAUAAAACUGCAUUUAAUGAUUUAAGAUUUUCAUACGAAUAUUUAGCAAAAGAAUAUGAACUUUCCAAAUUAUCAACUUCAAAAUCAAUACAAGAAUACAAAAAAAAAUUAGAUAAAGUAGAAAGAUUAAAAAAUUUGGAAAAUUCAAGUACAUCAACAUUAACAUCACCAUCAAAAUUAUCAUUAGAGACAAAAGAUAAAGAAAUUUCAAAAUUACGUAAAGAGUUAUUAUCAUUAAAAAUUGAUAAAAUGGGCUCAUCAUCAUCAAAUUUAAUUACCUCUCCUAGCUUAGAACCAAAUUAUUCUACUACAUCAAUCACCAAUAGCUCAUUGUUUCUAUCAAAUGGUCAAUCAGUUUCUACAAGAGGAAGUUCAACUUCGAAUCCUGGUUCGACUAUUAGUGAUGAAGAUGAUAUAAAUUCCAUACAUUCAUUAAAUAAACCAAUAACAACGAAUAAUGGCAUAAGUAAUGGCAUGUUAAGAAAAGAAUUUAAAAAAAUUGUAAGUGAAAUGCAAGAUCAAUAUGAAAUUGAAUUAACUGAAGAAAAAAUUAGGCGACAAAAAUUAGAAGAAGAAUUGGAGGAGUUGAAACAAAAAAUGGAAACAGAUAAUAGCUGA